CCCCGCGUGCGGCACUCCAUGCCCGUGUGGUGCUGCCGCUGCUCGCUGGCUGGUCAUUUCAGAAACUAUAGUGACACUGAAACUGAAGGAGAGAUUUUUAAUUCCUUAGUGCAAUAUUUGGGUGAUAACUUGGGGCAAAAAGUUCAAGCGAUGCCAUUAGUUGAAGAAACUUCUUUACUUGAAGAUUCAUCAGUGACUUUGCCUAUGGUAGUAAUAGGAAAUGGACCCUCAGGAAUAUGUCUUUCUUAUAUGUUGUCUGGCUACAGACCAUAUUUGUCUUCAGAAGCAAUACAUCCUAAUACAAUCUUACAUAGUAAAUUAGAAGAAGCAAGACAUCUUUCCAUUGUUGAUCAGGACUUAGAAUACUUGUCUGAGGGCCUUGAGGGCCGAUCAUCUAAUCCAGUUGCAGUACUUUUCGACACACUUCUCCAUCCAGAUGCUGACUUUGGGUAUGAUUAUCCAUCUGUUUUGCACUGGAAAUUAGAACAGCAUCAUUAUAUCCCACAUUUAGUUCUCGGUAAAGGUCCACCUGGUGGCGCUUGGCAUAAUAUGGAAGGUUCCAUGUUGACUAUCAGCUUUGGAAAUUGGAUGGAGCUACCUGGACUUAAAUUUAAAGAUUGGGUGUCUAGCAAACGAAGGAACCUGAAAGGAGAUCGAGUUAUGCCAGAUGAAAUAGCUCGCUACUAUAAACAUUAUGUAAAAGUUAUGGGUCUUCAGAAGAAUUUCAGAGAUAACACUUAUAUAACUUCUGUAUCAAGACUCUACAGAGAUCAAGAUGAUAGUGAUGAACAAAAUAGAGAUAUUUCAACACAGCAUUUACAGAUAGAGAAAUCAAAAUUAAUCAAGAGAAACUGGGAAAUCAGGGGUUAUCAGCGAAUAGGGGAUGGUUCCCCUGUUCCUUUCUGUCUUUUUGCUGAGAACGUAGCUUUAGCAACUGGAACAUUGGAUUCUCCUGCCCACCUGGACAUUGAAGGGGAAGAUUUUCCUUUUGUAUUUCACUCUAUGCCUGAAUUUGGAGCUGCUAUAAACAAAGGAAAGUUGCGUGGCAAAGUGGAUCCAGUGUUAAUUGUAGGUUCUGGGCUUACUGCAGCUGAUGCAGUACUCUGUGCUUACAACAAUAGUAUCCCUGUGAUUCAUGUGUUUCGCAGAAGAGUAACUGAUCCGAGCUUAAUUUUCAAACAGCUUCCCAAAAAGCUUUAUCCAGAAUACCAUAAAGUCUAUCAUAUGAUGUGUACUCAGUCAUAUUCUGUAGACUCAAAUCUUUUAUCUGAUUAUACCAGUUUUCCUGAGCACCAUGUGCUUUCCUUUAAGUCGGACAUGAAAUGCAUUCUUCAAAGUGUAUCUGGAUUGAAAAAAAUAUUUAAGCUCUCUGCAGCAGUAGUAUUGAUAGGUUCUCAUCCCAAUCUGUCUUUUCUGAAGGAGCAAGGUUGUUACCUGGGCCAUGAGUCAAGCCAGCCAAUCACCUGUAAGGGUAAUCCUGUGGAAAUAGAUGCAUAUACCUACGAGUGUGUUAAAGAAGCCAACCUUUUUGCACUGGGCCCUUUGGUUGGAGACAAUUUUGUUCGAUUUUUAAAGGGAGGGGCCCUGGGUGUUACACGGUGUUUGGCUACAAGACAGAAGAAAAAACAUUUAUUUGUUGAAAGAGGAGGUGGUGAUGGGGUAGCUUAAAGCAAAUACACAAGCAGUUUAUAUGGACAGUUUACCAUUAAAAUUUUCUAAUAGUG